UUGCUCUGUGAACAUGUUGCUCAACAUGGCGGUUAAAAUAGCACUAGCUGUGGGAUUAUUCAUCGUAAUCUGUGUGAUACCUGGUCUAAAAUCAUCGCAGGUAGUUCCAGAUGGCCUGGUUUACACCGAAGCCAAGAAGACACUAGUUCGAGGUGUGCAAGGUGUUAUAACAUGUCGCUUCUUUGGGGAUCCAUCGGCAGUCUACUGGAGAAAACGCCUUAAUCCUGACGAACUAAGCAUCAUGGUAGUAUGGAUUGAUGGUGAAGUAUCAGGUCCAAGAUACGAUGACGGGAGUUGUGACGUGGACGAAAAUUAUUCCUUGAUCAUCCACAAUGUUUCAACGGCAGAUAGUGGAAGAAUGUACUGCACAGUUUCCAACAACAAGGGACCUCUGAUGAACAACUACACUGAUAUUUUAGUUGUAGAUACUGCACUCACAACAAAUCCACAAGUCACUAUACAGAUGCGUCAAGCCACAUAUGGUAUCCUGCAAUGCGCUGUUCACAUCAAGGCCAGAAGAGUUUCUUGGAAGAAGGGAACUACCUCUUCAGCAAAUGAAAGCCUGGUUGUAAUGGAAAGCAACACAAAUGUUUCUGAAAGAAGUGGAGGUGGAUACUACGACGGCACGUAUAACAUCACCCGAGAUUACUCGCUGGUCAUCAAAGAGUUAAAAAUCCAUCACGAAGGUCUUUAUGUUUGUGAGGUGACCGAUCAUACUGGGAUAUCCUUCCGGAAUCACACUUUUGUAAAUGUGGUUGCCCAGCCUAUGGAACCAUUUCCAAUUGUCCAGGAAUGUCUAAAUGCUGAACAGCACGACUCAAACUACUGUACCCUCGUCGCCAAAUCAGGAAUGGCUCUUACAUGCCAAGCGUUGAAGUACUACCCCUCUAUCAACCUUGUCUUUCUAUAUGGAUCCAUAGUAGUUGAGCCUUCAGAUACAGAAGAAUGGGAAAACAAAGAUGGAACGAAAAACAAAACCAUCACCAUUGCCACCAGGGCACCUUGA